UAGAGAUCUGAAAAGGGGGGCCUGCAUCGACCUCUCAGGGCUCUCGCACUAGCAGCCUGUCUGUUUAGUAAAUGAUCAAGCCAGCCGGUUGUCAAGCCCUCAGCCCUUCACGAAACGUGUUGGGGUUGCUGCUCAGAGUUCAUGUUUUUAGCGCGCUCCCUGUUCAAGAUGUCAGGUCACAAUCCUUUGUUGAGGCUGGAGCAGCGAGCGGCAGAGGCUGACCAGAUCAUCGAGUACCUCAAACAACAAGUCCAGCUGCUGAAGGAGAAAGCCAUUGUCCAGGCCAGUGUCAGAGAAGAGAAGAAACUGAUGGUGGAGAAUGCCAAGUUGAAGAAUGACAUCGAGGAGCUAAAAAAACAGCUGCUGGAAAAAGAGAAGAGCAGGGGAGUGCGUGAGGUGCCAAUGCCAUCAAGUAGUGCCAGUGUUGAGUGUGCCUCCAAGCCAACUCCACUCAAACCCUCUGGACCAUCAUCCUCUGCAGCUCCUGCUGCUGCCGUCCAGAGCCCCCCUCCAAAAGAUGACAAUAAAAAGAAGAAGCCUGAGAAAAAAGCUGGGGAGAAAGCAGAGAAAAAGCAGGCAGCUCCAAGCCAAGAGGAAGCCAAGGUGGAUGUUUCUCGUCUGGACCUUCGUGUUGGACGUAUCAUCACAGCUGAGAAGCACCCAGAUGCAGACAGUCUGUAUGUGGAACAGGUCGAUGUGGGAGAGGCCUCUCCACGAACAGUAGUCAGUGGGCUAGUGAAACACAUUCCUUUGGACCAGAUGCAAAACCGCAUGGCAGUCCUCAUGUGUAACCUGAAGCCAGCUAAAAUGAGAGGAGUGGUGUCCCAGGCUAUGGUCAUGUGCGCUAGCUCACCAGAAAAAGUGGAAAUACUGGACCCUCCAAGUGGAUCAGUACCCGGGGACAGAAUCACCUUCCAGGGCUUCCCAGGUGAGCCGGACAAAGAGCUGAACCCCAAAAAGAAGGUGUGGGAGCAGGUUCAGCCAGACCUCCGCACAGACGACCAGUGUGUCGCUACCUACAAGGGAGCUGCCUUUGAAGUUGCUGGAAAAGGAGUGUGCAAAGCUCAAACCAUGAGCAACAGUGGAAUCAAGUAAAAUAACAGAGAAAUAGCUCAGCUUGGCAGUCAUCUGCAAUGAUGACCACAAUGGUGUUGAGAAACAGGCUGGUGAAAGAUGAAGACAAUGCUUUGAAGAUGUUUAAUAAAUCAGUUUGAAUUGA